GCCCCCCGGGCCCUGGAGAAGCUUAGCAUCCGAUGAAGGCCUCCGGGUCCCCGCCUCUGAGGGGAAGGCGGUGCCGCCCGCCGAGCCGUCUCCCCCUCGCCGCAGGGGCUGCCCGGCGGCCGCCAUCUUGGGAGGCGGGCAGAUGGGGUUGGGGGGCUGGUGGCGGGCGCUGCGGGCGGCGAGCGGCGGCUGGUGGCCGGCGGCAGCGCCCGGUGAGGCGGGGACGCAGGGGGCGGAGCGGAGCGGCGGCUGGGGGGCCCCGUGUCCCGGGGCCGGAGGAGGCGCCAGCCGCAGCCUCUGCACCGGCGGGGCGCCGAGCCUGUCCUACCAACAGCUCAAAGACUUGAAGAAGACCAGCGUUCUCCACAUAGACGUGCGGGAGCGGUGGGAGGUCGACAGAUCUGGGAAAAUCCCAGCGUCCAUCAACAUACCGCUGGGUGAAUUAGUGGAAGCUCUACAAAUGGACCCAAUGGAGUUCAAGGAACGGUACAAUCAAAAGAUGCCGUCCAGGUCGGACCCUGUGGUUUUCUCCUGUUUGGCAGGAACAAGAAGUAAACAAGCACUUGGUGUUGCCAUGUCUUUGGGUUUCAGCAGAGUUCAGCAAUAUGCUGGUGGCUUUGAGGACUGGGUAAAACAUGAACCUCCAGAGACAAAAUGAAGAUAAUUACCCCAGCCCUUACUUCAUCAAGGCUUCAGGAUGGUAUGUAGGGUUUGGCAUUCAAGCUAUGUGUGUUCCACUCCCAGAAUACAGCCCACUCCUAUUUUCUUGUGUAAAUGGACAUUCACCUUCAAAUAGCCAUGCAUGUCAGCUGCUUCGUUUAAAUUGUAUUUGAAGAUUGUGACAUGAACAAAUAACACUGAAUUUGUUCAACCUUUACGUUGAGCUAUGUUUUUUGGUGAAAGUAUGUAAAGAAAACUUAAGAGCUUAUUAUGUUUACUAAGAUUUUUGUAUGAUGUAGUUUGUGGCUGUUUAAAAUAAUGAUGGUAGAAUAAACAAACUUACCCUUUCCCACGUAACUGUGGUAGUUUGUUUAGAGCAGUUAAACUGCAGAUAUUCUAAUGGAACUGGGGUAACUUCCCUAAGCACAGAUUUAUCAUACUUCAUGUGUAGCUGGAGUUCUAAAAUAGUUGCUGUGUUAUCAAGGAGUACAAGUAGAGUACAAAUGUUUAGGUUUGUACUUACGUGAUUGUAAGGCCAAAACAUAACUACUGGUCAGAAAACCCAAAGGAAAACUGACCUGAUGCUAGAAUAUUUGCUGUUCAAAAUGUUGAUUCCUUAUUUUAGAAGUGUAUAAAUUUUUAUACGCAGAUCUGUUUCCGAGCACAAAAUGCUGUAGCAUUCAGUUGACAACUUCUCUCAGUGUCAAAUGAGAACUCUAUAUUUGAAGUUACUAGUACAGAGAGGUAAUCAUUUUAGGCUGGAAAAUUUGAGGCAUCCAAGGAAGUUACUAAACCCCCUUCCUUCUUUUAUGUAUGUGAGUUUGCAUGUCUUGAACUUUGAAAAACAAGCCAACCCAUCCCAUCCCCACCUGUAAAUUUGCAUAGUCAUCAUUUUAAGGAUUUUUUUUUUUGCUUGGUUGUUUUUUUCAGCGCUGUUAGCAUUUCAGGGGAACUAGCAAAGGUGAAUUGCUUUGGCCUCUAGAAAAUUAAAGUCCUAGCACAGAAAUUCAGGACUCUGCAGGAUUUCUGGAAGAAGGAAUUAAAAUUUCUGGUCCUGCGCAAAUCAGUAUUGCAGGUGCUGUGCACUUACCUAUAGCUUUUCCAUUCUGACAGUGCUGUCUGCAUGGUGAGAAGAGGACC